CUAAUCAAAAGCAGACCGGACAGGGGAAACUAAUCUUUGAGGAGCAGAUCGAUCUUUUAUAAACUAAUUACAACCUCGGAAAUGGGAACAUCAGUAAAUAUUAUAGUUGGAUCUCAUGUUUGGAUUGAGGAUCCACAUGUAGCCUGGCUUGACGGUGAAGUGCACAAAAUCAAUGGUGAUCAAAUAGAGAUCCUCACAAGUAAUGGCAACAAGGUUGUUAGAAAGUUGUCGGAGGUUUAUCCCAAAGAUGUGGAAGCUCCUGCUGGUGGGGUUGAUGACAUGACGAAGCUGUCUUAUUUGCACGAACCGGGCGUUUUGCAGAACCUCAAAUCCAGAUAUGAGCUAAAUGAAAUAUAUACGUACACGGGAAAUAUUCUCAUUGCCAUAAACCCUUUCCAAAAACUACCCCAUCUCUAUACUGCACACAUGAUGCAGCAGUACAAGGGAGCGCCGCUUGGCGAGCUCAGCCCUCACGUCUUUGCUGUUGCCGAUGUUGCUUACAGGGCGAUGAUUAAUGAAAAGAAAAGCAAUUCCAUUCUUGUGAGUGGAGAAAGCGGAGCAGGUAAAACAGAGACCACAAAAAUGCUUAUGCAGUAUCUCGCGUUUUUGGGUGGCCGCGCAGCUACUGAAGGAAGGACAGUUGAACAGCAAGUUCUUGAAUCUAAUCCAGUCCUUGAAGCAUUUGGCAAUGCAAAGACGGUUCGAAACAACAAUUCAAGCCGAUUUGGAAAGUUUGUUGAGAUUCAGUUUGAUAAACAUGGAAGAAUAUCAGGAGCAGCCAUUAGGACCUACCUCCUUGAAAGAUCCCGGGUUUGCCAAAUUUCUGAUCCAGAGCGUAACUAUCACUGUUUUUAUUUACUAUGUGCAGCACCACAAGAGGAAAUUGACAGGUAUAAGUUGGGACACCCCAAGACGUUUCACUACCUGAACCAAUCAAAUUGCCAUGAGUUAGUAGGCGUGAGUAAUGCACAAGACUAUCUUGCCACUAGAAGAGCUAUGGAUAUUGUGGGGAUCAGUAAAGAAGAGCAGGAGGCAAUUUUCAGAGUUGUUGCUGCAAUUCUUCAUAUCGGUAAUAUCGAUUUUACCAAAGGGAAGGAGAUUGAUUCUUCAGUUCCAAAGGACGCCAAAUCCAAGUUCCAUCUCAACACAUCGGCAGAACUUCUGAUGUGUGACCCUGUGGCUCUCGAAGAUGCAUUGUGUAAACGUGUCAUGGUCACUCCUGAAGAAGUAAUAAAACGCAGUCUUGACCCCCUUAGUGCAGCAGUCAGCCGGGACGGAUUGGCCAAGACUUUAUAUUCUAGGCUAUUUGACUGGUUGGUAGAUAAGAUAAAUGUUUCAAUCGGGCAAGAUUCGCAAUCGAAGUGUAUCAUUGGGGUCCUAGAUAUUUAUGGUUUUGAAAGCUUUAAGCAUAAUAGCUUUGAGCAAUUUUGCAUAAACUUUACAAACGAGAAGCUGCAGCAGCACUUUAAUCAGCAUGUAUUCAAGAUGGAGCAAGAAGAAUACACAAAAGAGGCAAUCGAUUGGAGCUACAUUGAAUUUGUGGACAACCAAGAUGUUUUAGAUCUUAUCGAAAAGAAACCAGGUGGGAUCAUUGUCUUACUUGAUGAAGCUUGUAUGUUUCCUAAGUCGACACAUGAAACAUUUUCAAACAAGCUUUAUCAGACGUUCAAGAAUCAUAAGCGGUUUGUCAAGCCGAAAUUGUCACGUACAAACUUCAUAAUCUCACAUUAUGCUGGAGAAGUGCAAUACCAAUCUGACCAAUUUUUAGACAAGAACAAAGACUAUGUGGUUGCUGAACAUCAAGACCUCUUAAGUGCUUCCAAGUGCUCCUUUGUGGCUGGUCUUUUCCCUGCCCUACCCGAGGAGACGAAAUCCUCGAAAACUUCCAAGUUUUCUUCAAUUGGUUCACGUUUCAAGGUUUUCCCCUCUUUGAUUUUGUGUGUGUUAGAUAUCUAUAAGGAAAAUGUUAUUUGUACACCACAUUUGCACCAGAGAAAAUUUAUUCGUUCCAUCAUCUCCGAUGGAGCCAAAAUUUCACCAUUUUUUGGCUUUGGGGUGUGAUGGAAUAAAUCAAAAUGGAUCUCUAAACUGUCUGCGCUUCUUUAAUUAAUGAAGUAGCAGUUAGUCAAGCAAUGCAACUUUCGACGUUGAGCCGGGGGUCUCUUUGGAAACAGCCUCUCUACUUUCGAGUAGGGGCAAGGUCUGCGUACACACACCCUCCCCAGACCCUACUCUUGUGGGAUUUAACUGGGUUGUUGUUGUAUUUG